CCGCCGCACCCCCCGCCGCGGCCCCGCCCCCUCGGGCUCGGGGUGAAGCCAGACUCCCCCUCCCCUGCCCGCACACACACCCCUCCUCCGCCUCCUCUGCCCCCUCCUGCGCCGAGAGAGAGAAAGGGAAGGGAAGGGAAGGCAGGAGGCACCGGGCCUGGGUCUCCCGCACCGAGCCGCCGCGGCACAACAUGGAGGAGCUGGUGGUGGAGGUGCGGGGCUCCAACGGGGCCUUCUACAAGGCAUUUGUAAAGGAUGUUCAUGAAGAUUCCAUAACAGUUGCAUUUGAAAACAACUGGCAACCAGAGAGACAAAUACCAUUUCAUGAUGUGAGGUUUCCACCACCUGCAGGCUAUAAUAAAGAUAUAAAUGAAAGCGAUGAAGUAGAGGUCUAUUCCAGGGCAAAUGAAAAAGAACCCUGCUGUUGGUGGUUGGCUAAAGUGAGAAUGAUAAAGGGUGAGUUCUACGUAAUAGAAUAUGCAGCCUGUGAUGCUACGUACAACGAAAUUGUCACAAUUGAGCGUUUGAGAUCUGUGAACCCCAAUAAACCCGCAACGAAAGAUACAUUUCAUAAAAUCAAACUGGCAGUUCCAGAAGAUUUAAGGCAAAUGUGUGCCAAAGAAUCUGCACAUAAGGACUUCAAAAAGGCAGUUGGAGCUUUUUCUGUAACAUAUGAUUCUGAAAACCACCAGCUUAUUAUUUUGUCUAUCAAUGAUGUAACAACAAAGAGGGCAAACAUGCUGAUCGAUAUGCACUUUCGAAGUCUUCGUACCAAGUUAUCCCUGAUACUGAGAAAUGAAGAAGCUAGCAAACAGCUGGAGAGUUCUAGACAGCUUGCAUCUCGAUUUCAUGAACAGUUUGUUGUACGUGAAGACCUAAUGGGUUUGGCCAUUGGCACUCAUGGUGCUAAUAUUCAGCAAGCCAGAAAAGUCCCUGGAGUGACUGCCAUUGAUCUUGAUGAAGACACUUGCACAUUCCAUAUUUACGGAGAGGAUCAAGAUGCAGUGAAAAAAGCAAGAAGUUACCUUGAAUUUGCUGAAGAUGUCAUACAAGUCCCAAGAAAUUUAGUAGGAAAAGUAAUAGGAAAAAAUGGAAAAUUGAUCCAGGAGAUAGUCGACAAAUCUGGUGUUGUAAGAGUGAGAAUUGAGGCAGAAAAUGAUAAAAAUAUCCCCCAAGAAGAGGGAAUGGUACCAUUUGUGUUUGUGGGAACCAAGGAUAGCAUCACUAAUGCAACCGUCCUUCUGGAUUAUCACCUUAACUAUUUAAAGGAAGUGGACCAGCUGCGUUUGGAAAGAUUGCAGAUUGAUGAGCAGCUCCGACAGAUUGGAGCUACUUCUAGGCCACCACCAAAUCGCACAGAUAAGGAAAAAGGGUACAUGACUGAUGAUGGGCCAGGACUUGGGCGCGGCAGUCGACCUUACAGAAACAGAGGCCAUAGCAGACGUGGUCCAGGCUAUGCUUCAGGCACUAAUUCUGAAGCAUCAAAUGCUUCUGAAACAGAAUCUGAUCACAGAGACGAACUUAGCGACUGGUCAGCAGCCCCAGCAGAAGAGGAGCGAGACAACUACCUUCGCAGAGGAGAUGGGCGAAGACGCGGAGGGGGUGGCAGAGGGCAAGGAGGGAGGGGUCGCGGAGGAUUCAAAGGAAACGACGAACAGUCACGAACAGAAAACCGUCAGCGUAACUCAAGAGAUGCAAAAGGGAGAACAGCAGAUGGAUCUCUUGAGAUCAGAAUUGACUGCAAUAAUGAAAGAAGUGUCCACACUAAAACAUUACAGAAUACCUCCCAUGAAGGUAGUCGGCUGCGCACGGGUAAGGAACGUAACCAGAAGAAAGAGAAGACGGACAGCGCAGACGGGCAGCAGCCGCUGGUGAACGGAGUACCCUAAACUGCAUAAUUCUGAAGUCAUAUUUCCUAUACUGUUUCAGUAAUUCCUAUUCCAUGUUAGAGAAACUUGUUAGGCCAAAGACAAAUAGUAGGCAAGAUGGCGCAGGGCAUGAAAUGAACAUAUGUUCUCUGUUAGCCUUUUUUAACAUCAACAGUAUGCAGUUGUUUUCAGACUAAGAAGUUACUCAAAUAUUUGCAUAAAAAUACCUGGAUUUCUGAAAGUCGCUUUCAAGUACAUAUUGCAGUUCAAACAAUGAAAGAUUCUUUUUGUUUGUUUUAAAAAUACUGAGCUGUGCAUUGGUAAAUUUUCUGUUCAGUUGUACCAUUUUAACACAUCGGGUCAAAUUCACUGCUCAAUUUCAAUUUUCAGAAUAAAUAGUGUUUGCAGUAAUCAAA